AUGGGGGUAGAGACAGGUACAGAUCCGGACGGGCACGGCAGUCUGUCGCGGAAAACCCCCUCGGCCUCGCAAGGGUCGAUUCUGAAGCGGGACCCGAGCAGUAAGACUGUGAGGACACGGGGCUCCUCCACCCCGAAGAAGUCGGUGUCGUUCGACCCGACUCCCGAGGUUUUUUUCGUGCCUAGCCGGUGCGAGAGCCGGACAGAGAACAACCCAGGCGCCCGAGUGAGUCCGCAAUCACCGACAGACGUCUCCACGUACCUCCUACACUACCAGGGGAGCAACUACGAGAGGACUAAGUCUUUAAAAUGGGACUCGGGAGGUACGAGUCACAACGUGGUGACACAACCCCCGGGACUGUCCAUAGCGGGACCCACGGGAAUACACGCCGAGUUGUACAGCGUAGCGGCGUCUCUGUCCAACCUCGUACCUCGCCGCCGGCUCAGGGACUUACUGGUGAACACCGAGGACUUGCAGGAGAAGAUGAAAAAAUUCCAGGAGGACACGGACGACACAUCAACCGGGGAGGGAACUGGCAAAGACGCGAAAGGUGGGGACAGCAAAAAACCGGAGCCAGCCAGAACUAUACCGUUAGCAAAACCCACCCGUCAGAUCAAACCGUUCAGGAUUAACAUCACCAGUAAAUACAGCCAGCAAACGGAAAUAAGAAGACCGGCGGCACCGGUGAUAGUAGACCUCAAACCUAAGAGAAAACCGAAGAAUUUCGAGGAACAGCCUUCGGUGUUUAAGAGAUUGUACUUGCACUCUCAUCCGAACGAAGCCGGACCUCCUAAGGAAGAGGUGAAGAUACCAGAGAUACCCAGUAAGAAGUCGACGCGGCCCAUCACUGCCAAGAGUUCGCGGAGUGACCGUAACCUCGCGGCUCCGCCUAUCAGAAGCCGCGACAGGGACAGAGAUAGAGACAAGGAGAAGCAUCAUCAUCAUCACCACCAUCAUCACCAUCACAAGGAUAAGGACAAAGACAGGCACAGAGAUGCUGACAAGGAGAGGGAGCGACAGAAGGCUAGGGAGAGACUGUACGGUACAGCGAGCCGCGGCAACUCUAGACCUAAAGCGGCGAAACCGACGCCUGACAGACCUCCUCCGAGGCCGCCGCCUACAACCCCGCCGGCUAGAGCAUCCAGGCGGCCGCCCAGUCGCAGCGCAAACGUUCCCGUCGCACCACAACAGCCUGCCCAGCCCAAACCCGUGGAAAGGACGAGACCGCCUCCGGACGACCGCGCGAGGUUAUUCCCCAGGACUGCAUUGGAAAAGUUCGUCAUGGCGGAGCUGCAGCGUUCGCGUAUCUCUCACAUGGUGCCCUCGGCCGCCGGGCAGUCGAACCGCGGGUCGCCCAAGGAGGAGUUAUCCAGAACUGCGCGCCCGACGCCUGCUUUCAAACUUCCCGACAGCGGGGUAAGACAUAUCGGAUACGCUAGCACCAGGGAGAGGAAGGUUUCUUGGAGAACAGGUGAGGUAGAGACGAUAGAGACAGGCUCGAGCAAGCACACGCCCAUCAUGAAGCGGUUCAGUAUCGCCUUCAGGUCGCCCGUCAAGGUGUAG